AUGCGCAGCGAGUUACGAGAGGGGAACGGCGCCGAAACAGCACGACCAAGGAAGCUCGCACAGCUCGUAGACUGGAGCAAAUGCAACGAAACGAGUUUUAUGAAGAAGCUGAAGGCCUGCAGUAUGGCCCUGUGCAUCGAUGAACUUAAUUCGACUUUUGGCGAUGAAGCACCAUCAAAAACCACUAUAUAUCGAUGGUAUACGGAAUUCAGUCGUGGCCGUAGUUCGCUUAGUGAUGAAUUUCGUGAAGGUCGUCCAAAAUCGGUUGUUGUUCCAGAAAACAUUGAUGCUGUGCGUGAACUGAUAUUGCAAGAUCGUCAUGUGACUUAUCGUGAGAUUGAGGCAUCCUUGGGCAUUAGUGACGAAUUAUGGAUCUAUGCGUAUGAGCUCGAAAGUAAACAGCAGUCGACUGUAUGGGUCUUUCAAGAUGAGCCAAAUUCAACAAAAGUUGUUCGCGCACGAAGCACUUCGAAGCAAAUGGUUGCCUGUUUUUUCGGAAAAACCGGACAUGUGGCAACUGUACCAUUAGUGCAAUAUCGGACGGUCAAUUCUGAAUGGUACACAACCAUUUGUUUGUUAGAAGUCUUCGGAAAAAUAAGGGAAACCAACCGCCGAAGACGCACCAUUCUCCACCAGGACAAUGCGAGCUCUCACACAUCGGCUCAAACAAGAGACUUUUUGAGAACUGAAAAAGUCGAAUUGAUGGGUCAUCCGCCGUACAGCCCUGAUUUGGCACCCAAUGACUUCUUUUUAUUCCCGCAAAUCAAAAAUAAAUUACGAGGUCAACGUUUUACGACGCCUGAAGAAGCAGUUGAUGCGUUCAAAAUGCAUGUUUUGGAGGUACCUCAAUCGGAGUGGAAAAAGUGCUUCGAAAAUUGGUUCAAGCGCAUGCAAAAGUGUAUUGAUCUUCAUGGAAAAUAUUUUGAAAAACAAUAA